AUUGAACGUUGACUCCUGACUGAAUUAAUUGUGAACUUUCCAGUUCCUCCUAUAUAGAUUUAGACAUUCCACCCCCAACCGCGCCGCCUAACCAAACCUGGAUUAGUAUCAUCAUCAUCAAUUUAUCAUGUAAUAAGUAGAUAAAAGAAUCACUUGUUGAAUCUCAGAUGGCAGAAGUAAUGACGAUGAAAGGAGGGAUGGUGGAGAGGGAAUCAUUUGUCAGGCCUCGUAGGUCAGCCGAGAGCCUAUUGGCGCUGGAGUAAUCGGUGAAUGAUCAUCAUCCGCAGAAUUCAUCUCGAAACCAUCGCUUCGGGGAGCAAUCGGUUAUGGAGAAAACUUGAGGGCCGUGUGGAGAUUUUUCAGGAGCUACAACGUCAAGUGGACCUGAUUUAUGACACCCAGCAUCUGCUCGACGAUAUUACCCGCAUGUAUCUCACAUUUCGCGAGGAAAAAAAGCUUCUUGAAAGGUAUGUUUUCUGAAAUUGUUGUCUUCCAGUCGAAGUGUAAAAGGUUGAUUAGGAAGAUUAAGAUUUUCAACAACUUGAGUUCUGACGAUAUGAUGUCUCGUCACACUCUGGGUGUACCUUACCUCUGCAUUAUGAUUUUGGCUUUGAUUUUUCUCUGCUUUUGGAUGACCUGUACCCCCAUCCUACCCAACCAGCAUUAGUCCAGGAGUUUGAAAAUGAAAACACUAUCCCUGUUCAAAGAAAGUGUAUCAAGCAGUUGGAAAACAUCCCUAUGGAGGGGAAAUUAGUGCAGGAGUUUGAUAACGUUUUCAGACAAGUAGCUUAUUCUUCUCGGGAAAUUGUGGAGGCAAUUGCUGAGGCUUUCAAGGGAGGUGCUGUAUCUCGGUUCUCACACUCUAGAGAGGAUGUCAUGGCUACGUGUUGGCAAGUCUUUAGCGCAAACAUCAUUUCUCGCCUGUUAGAUCCAGUAAAACAGUUUAGGGUUGUAUGUAUUUCUGGGGGGAAAGGGGUUGCUAAUACUACCCUAGCUCAAGUGGUUUAUCUAGACGACUCUUUACGGCGACAUUUUGACUGCAUUGCUUGGGCUCGGGUAGGAGACCCUUGGAAGGACUAUUGAUUUCAUCUACUUGCAAGGAAUGGGAACACAUGAUCCCAUAUUCUGACGAUAAGAUGAAAACAUAUUCUUUCAUGGAUUUGAAGCUAAAGCUUUCAAGUUUCUUCGAAACUAGAAGAGUUCUAAUUGUUUUGGAUGACAUCAGGGACCUGACCUUUUUGGACGGCAUUUGCCCUGGUUUGUCAAUGUUCUCAAAAACUGGCAGUAAGCUGUUGUUAACCACUCGCAGGAGUGAAGCUGAGGUUCAUAGAUUUUUAAGGUGUUUUAUGCGGCCACUACAUGUGGAGUUAUUCACCUAUUAAGGCUUUCAUCCGGGCACUAAUUUUGGACCCUGAUCCGGGCACUAAUCCGGGCACUAAUAUAGGUAAAAGCAUAUAUGGUCAUCUAAUCUGCGAGUUUUCUUCAACCUUUAUAUAAAUGUGAGCACAUCUAAUGUUGUUAAAUAUUGUAUUUCUUAUGCUCAUUAGUGUUUAAGGUCUAUGUUCCCAUAGUUUAUAGUAACUGGUACUCCCUAGUUACUCUUCUAAAUGCUGCCAGUUAUUAUCACCUUUAAAACGCAGGAAGAGCAAUAGUCAGGGGGAAUUUGAGCAUUUUAAGCUUUCUUGUUUGGUUUCAAGUUGUCUUGAUAUGCAUGGUGUGCUCUUAGGCAGAAUGUCUGCGAUAUUGCCAGUUUUUUCAAUUGGUAGCUUCCAAACAGUUCUCCAAACUUCAUUCUUAAUUUUGCUUUUCCAGUGCUACCUGCUUUUGUAUUUGUCUUUUUUCUUGUGAUCUACGCACUUUUGGUACAAGGUAACUGGAUCUUGGGGUCAACAUUUCUUUGCAGCGCCUUAGAGAAUAGCCAUUGCAGACUUGCCCCACCGUUUCGGGAGCUGAAAAUCUUCUCACUUAGUUACGGAUUCCAUCUUCCCGUUAAAAGUCAAAGGUCCUAGGUGCAGAAAAUUUUCAAGACGUGAAUCCGGUGAGAUAGAACCUAAUAUAAAUCCUUGAGCUAGCAAUGAUCUUAAGUUUCAAGAAUUACACACCAUAGAUUCAUUGUAGAAGCAGGCACUAGUUUAUGCUAGUUUCUUUGAUUUGGCAACUUGUUGCUUACUGCAUUCAGGUAGCACUCUUUCAGUUUCUUAGUGUCUAUUAAAAUACCUAAGUUUGUCCAUUUCAAAAUUGAAGGCCAGUCACCAGUGCUUCUGAUGCCUGCUACAUUGAGAGAUGAACUAGUUGCUAAACUGUAAUUUGAUAAAUCAGCUGCAUGUACCAUUGUCUAGUUAUGUCUUGAUCUGCUUGCUAUAUACUGUUGUCAAGUUUUUUU